AUGGCGAGAAUUUCAAUAGUAGCAUUAUUCCUUGCAUCCAUUGCAUUAGUUAAAGGAGCAAAAAGCCGCCUCGGAUUGUCUGAAUCCGUAUUUAACCAGCUAGUGAAUAAAGGGUACACAAUGAGUGACAUUGAAUCAUUGGUAGGAACAAUUAGAAGCUCACUUUUGACUGUAAAGGAUGAGCAAAUUGGUCAAUGUGGGGAAGGACUAAAAGGAUUACUAGACAGACAGCUAAUUCCAGGAGAUCCAGAUGCUUUGGAAAGAGUUUCAGGUAUUAUUCACGAAGGAAAUUUUCAAUUAUUUCGUGGAAAAUUACCCAUCGUAACUUUAUCAUCAACAUCUAUAUUAUUACCAUUAGAUAGUAUUUCGGAUGUAUGUUUUGGGAUCAGGAGUGACAAAGGAAUAGGCUACAAUAUAUGUACAAAGAACAGAAAUACGAGGAAUACUUGGAUGAAUGCAAUCACAGAAAUGGUUUUAUGUGAAAAAACUGGAGUUAAAAGUGGUAAAUUACCAGCAAUUUCAAAGAAGCAAAAUGUGCUUGCUGGGAGCAAUGUUGGAGAGCUAAAACCUUCUGGAAUUGAUAUUGUAAUCAAGGAUAGUAAUCAAGGCAAACCGUUCCUUACUAUUAAUGGAAAACCUGUUUCUCAGAUUAUACAAAAGCAAGCAAUGGCAGCACAAAAUGCUAUGACUGUACCACAAGGUGAAGAGAGCGAGGAAGAUAGUGUUGAAAUUCCUGCAGAGAUUGAUGGUUCUGCAAGCGAAGAUAUGGCAGGUGGCUCAAUGUUGACUGAUUCCGAAAAACUCGCAAUUCUAGAAUCCGAUGUUGAACAUUUAAUGGCCCCUAUUGAUGAUGCUCCACCGACAGGUUAUGCAUCUAUUCACAUGGGAGGAAAUAAAAAGUCUCGUUAA